AUGGGAACCGCGGGUGAUUCUCGACAAGUGACGACCGCGUCGGUGUACAGCAUAGAUGCGGAGAACCAGACCAACACCCAGAGAGAUGGUGGUGUAAAGCCUGCCAGAUCAUGGAAAAGUUAUGUAUGGGAUACAUGGGAACUUCCACCAGAUCAACGCUGGAUGCUUUUUAAAGUAGAUGCUUACGUCCUCACGUUCGCAUCUAUCGGAUAUUUUCUGAAGAAUAUCGACCAAUCGAAUGUCAAUAAUGCGUUUCUCAGUGGCAUGAAAGAGGAUCUCGAGAUGUAUGGCAAUCAACUAGUGACUAGCACGUCUAUCUGGACUGUGGGAUACGUUAUUGGCCAAAUUCCGUCCAACUUGUUGUUAACUAGAGUUUCGCCUCGAUGGGUCAUCCCCUCGCUGGAGGUAGGAUGGGGACUCGCGACUAUUUGUACAUCAAGCGUCAAAUCGUAUCAAGCUCUAUAUGCUUUGCGCUUCCUUGUCGGAUUCUUUGAAUCAGGAUUUUACCCCGGCAUCCAUUACUUACUUGGAUCAUGGUACACGCCACGAGAAAUUGGAAAGCGGGCUAUGAUCUUCUGGCUCGCCGGUUCAGUUGGCACUUUGUUCAGCGGGUUUCUCCAGGCCGCUGCUUAUACAAACCUGAAUGGGACAAAUGGUUACGCUGGAUGGCGCUGGCUUUUUAUUAUCGAUGGUAUCAUUACGCUACCGCUUGCGCUCGCUGGAUACAUAUUCUUCCCCAACCUACCGCAAAGCGGCAAAAAGACAUGGUGGACGACAGAAGAGGAACAUCUACUGUCAAUCAAGAGAAUGGAGAAUAUUGGACGUGCUGGCAAGAAACCUUGGACUAAGGCAAAGGCGAAACGCAUUCUGCUGAGCUGGCAUACUUAUCUUCUUCCAUUGCUAUACAUCCUUUGGAACAAUGGCAUCCCUCAACCUGCUAUGGGCUAUUGGCUGAAGAGUUUCAAUGUCGACCCUGCCCCUCUUCCCGGGACAAGUUACACUGUCGCGCAGAUUAAUAACUUACCUCUCCCAACCACCGGUGUGCUCAUCGUCAUGGCAUUGGCCUGGGGUUGGCUGUCUGAUGGGCCAUGUCGUGGCGCCCGCUGGCCAUUCAUUUAUAUCGGCGCCUUUACGACUAUCAUUUUCGCCUCCCUCAUGAUGAAGAUGCCCUUUUACGCAGAUAUCAAGGGUCGUAUGGUUAUUUAUUGGCUGAGUAAUAUUGGCGGUGGUGCCGGUCCUUUAAUCCUGAGUUGGAUCAACGAGAUCUGCUCCAAUGACACUGAAAAGCGAGCAUUGCUUGUUGCAAUGGCUAAUGACCUUGCCUAUGUGGUACAAGCUGUCGCUCCCAACUUCAUCUGGAAAACAACAGCAUUCCCCCGCGCUCCCAAGGGAUAUACUUGGUCAAUUGUACUUCAAGUAAUGCUCAUCUUGGGCACCGCAACUGUUCAAUUCCUUUUGUGGCGCGAUAAGAGAAAAGCAACAAAGGCAGAGGCGGGUAUCUCAGCUAUUGACCAGGUCGAGUCAUCGUCUAUAGAGGGAGAUACAUCGGUGGGAUCUAGAGAGGACGAUGGAAAAGUGGCUAGCCCUCCUCGGCUUAAAAAUAUUGGUCUGGUCUAG